UAACAAGAUGAACCUGUUGAAACCUCGGGGCGCAGUGCAGUCUGGACAGAGACUAGAAAACUACAGGAUUGGCCUUAGUCCUAAAUCAUUGAUGGUUAUGAACUUGCCAGAUGACAGGCAGUGGGAUGAAACCACCUGUGACCAGGCUGUCUGUCAGCACCCACAAUGCUGGGCAUCUGUGCGCCGCAUCGAGAGGGGCCAUCCUCGAAUCAUGCGAGUGCCUGGCAAAUCCCUGGAAGCAGAAGAAAAGCUCCCAAUGCUCACUAUUGUGAAUGUGUCAGAUUCCGGCUUGCAGACCAAGAGACUUGCCCACCCACGAUUGUCACACUUGCCCCUCAGAAAGACUUGUUCUUCACUGUCUCGGGGUUCAAAGCUUAAAUCCAAACAUCCCAGCAGGCCUCAGAGUUUACCUGAUAAAAAUGCGAUGAAUCAGAUUGAGUUCCCAAAACUUUCAAUAUUGAAUUUGAAUGGUACAGAACUACCUUGCUCUGAAGUUGCCAGAAAUAUGGUUGUAGUCUGGAUUCCAAAAGAUGUAGAGAAGAGAGAGAGCUCAGCUGAAAAGACACCCGAUUUGGGGCAUAGGAAGAAAGCAAAAGAGAAAUUACCAGGGGUAAGUUUGAUGUCUUCUCUAAUCCUUUAUGAUACUACUUUACUGGGUUUGUUUUUCUUCUCCUUUAAGGUCUCCCCAUCCUACUCUAGCCCCGAUUCCUCUCUAAAUGAACAAAUCUGCCAAAGAAAUUCCUUUCUCAGGAAUAAUUACUAUGCCUCUUCAGACUCCUUUUCCCUGUCUACUCCCUGGGGGAAGGAAAGCUGGCCACCCGGGCAUCUCUCAAUAGGCUUGAAAAGUCCCGUGGCCACUGUGCCUCCUCCAUCUACCCCAGUAUGCAUGCUUGAGAAAUGGACGUCCGAAUCUGCCCUUGAUGGGGUACCUCAGGACCUGCUGAAGGAGAGCCUUUUGCCAGAUUUGGAUAAAGAUGAGCUUUGUCCAGAGAUGAAGAUACAGUUAACCAUGAUGAAGAAGAAUCUUCCCUUGAAAAAGACCCGACCUGACAGUGCUAUUUCCUCUAAAAUGUUUCUAACUGUACACCGCCUCACACUGCAAAAGCGUUCAUUGCAACAAUCUGAACAUUUGAAGAAGUGGCAGAAGAAAGAAGGUUUCCUGAAGAAGCAGCUCCCACAGGUACCGCACCAGGCGUGGCAUCAGCCUCAGAAGUGGAAGGCGAAGAGCCCAGCUAAAAAACAGAGAGGACAGAAGCUGGAGAAAUGCAAGGACUUGCAAGAGCUGGAAAAUCCUGAAGAGGAAGCCAAGAGUGACUCAAUGGACCAUAAGAUUUCAAGUCACACAACUCCACAAGGUUGGGAAAGUAACCUGGAGCUGGAGCAGAUGGAGAAAAGAGGUGCUUCCAGACUGGAUUCUAUCUCACAGCCAAUGAUGGAUGACUUUGACUACCUGGAUUUCAUCUCCACUCCGGAAAGUCCUGACCUAUCUGAUGUAGAAUACACUCAGGAAGAAUAUAGUUCCACAGAUCAGGAGACAAAAUACUCUCACAUUGUAUCUAGUCCUAUGGAGCAGGAGAUGCAACACUGGUCCAGAGAAUCUAGUUCGAUGAAGCAGGAGACAGAAUAUUCUCACAGAGAAGCUACUCCUAUGGAGCAGGAUGUAUCGGAAGUUCGGGUUGUUGGCCAAGAGACAGCCUUUACCCACUUUUCAGAGAGUCCAUCUGAACGUUGCUGGAACCCUGAGCUCAAACUAUUGAGGAUAAUUCAGGCCGCAGCUGAGGAGGAAGAGGAGAACUCAGCCUCCUUGCCUCCGAGUGAGGAGUCUGUGGAGAUAUAGCCAAAGGCACCACCUGGGGGCAGCCUUAUCCUGGCAGGAUGACUGGCAUACUGAAGGCAACAGCCUUAGACCCAGGGCGGAGGAGAGAGGGACUUCCACUCUCUGGAGCUUUUUAUUAGGCCCUGGGUUUAGAGAUCCUGCAUUCUUUAUUUGUGCUACUUGCUUCUCAGCAAGCAAGCAAGCGAGUGAGCAUCCAGCCCCUUGUAAACACAGGGGAUUUCUCCAUUAGGGUCAGAAUAAGUUGAGUCAUUAAACACAACUACUGCACAAUCAAA